AUGUGCCUGCACUGUUUAGGGGACGAAAGCACCCAAGUUAGCCCCGAAGGCCCAAGACGGCAUCAUCCUUCAGAAGUCGAUGAAAAGCAGUCCAUAUAUAAACGUAUUCAGGCUAUGCAAAACCUAAGGAAAGAGAAGAGAAAACUUGAUAAGCGGUUUGCAAAGCCUUCUCCAAUUCCUGAACCAGGGCUCCUAGUAAGUAUGAAGACUUCACUAAAAUGA